UUUUUUAUUUUCACGUUUGGUUAGACUGAAUAAAAAAUAUUUCUUUAGUUGUUCCGUUUAUUGAUAUUUGUUUAUGUCACAAGACUCUGUCAAAAACAAAUAUCGCAUGAUUUUAUUGACUGUUUAAAGUACAAGAGAACUUCAUCAUUCAAUUAAAAAUGUCUUUGAUAAAAGCUAUAAUUUUUACUAUUUUGCUUGCUAUUGAAUUUUCAUCUGCUAGUCUUUUGCAUGCUCUAGAAAAAGAUCAAAAUUUGUAUUAUUGGCAGAAUGAAGGCUGGAUAAAAGCUGACAGAGUUUCUGAAGACAAAAUAAUAGAAUUAACUUUUGCUUUAAAGCAACAAAAUGUAAAACAACUUGAAGAUUUUCUUCUUCAAGUAUCUAAUCCUGACUCAAGUUUGUAUGGAAAGUAUGUUUCUGUUGAACAACUAACCAGAAUGAUCCAGCCAAAAGAUGAUUCUAUCGAAAUUGUUUCAUUAUGGUUAAAACAAAAUGAUGUAAAUGAUUGUGAAUUGACACUAAAUAAAGAUUUUAUUAGGUGUACUAUGAAAGUAGAAAUUGCAGAGAAACUUUUACCUGGAUCUAAUUUUUACAAUUUUCAACAUAAAAAAUACAGCAGAAAUGUUGUUCGCUCAGUUUCACAUUACCAAGUUCCAAAUUAUAUUGCAGAGCAUAUUGACUUUGUAGGUGGUUUGCACCGAUUUCCUGCUGUUAAUUUCUUCAAAACAAAAUUCGAAAAUAUAAAUUACAAUAAGAAUCAUUAUAUCAGUCACUCUGAGUUAUUCCAUAUUGGUGUCUACCCCAGUGUUUUAAGAAAACGCUACAAUUUGACUGCAGAUGAUGUUGGAUCCCAUCCAAAUAAUUCUCAAGUUGUUGCACAGUUUCUUGAGCAAUAUUUUAACCCAAAUGACUUAAGUGAAUUUAUGUCUAUUUUUGUUGGAAAAGACUUUCCACACAAAACUUCAAUUGAGAAAGUGAUUGGACCUGAUACUGGGCGAUCUGGUGUUGAAGCUAGUUUAGAUACUCAGUAUAUAAUGGGUCUGGGAGCAAAUAUAACAACCUGGUUUUGGAGUACACCUGGCAGACAUGAUAACCAAGAACCUUUUUUAACGUGGCUUGUGGAUAUAUCAAAUACUUCACAAGUACCAUGGGUUCAUAGUGUUAGCUAUGGAGAAGAUGAAAGUACAUUAUCAGAGGUUUAUAUGAACCGUGUCAAUAUUGAGUUUAUGAAAACAGGUGCAAGAGGAUUAACUAUUUUAUUUGCAAGCGGUGAUAAUGGAGCAGGUUGUCAGGGUAAUAAAUUCAGCCCAAAUUUUCCAGUUUCAAGUCCUUAUGUUACUGGUGUAGGUGGUACAGCUUUUAAAAAUCCGUUUGGUUCAGGAGAAGAGACAUCCUAUGAAAUAAGUGGUGGUGGAUUCAGUAAUUUGUUUUUGCAGCCCUCGUACCAAAGUGAGAGAGUUAAUGAGUAUCUUAAGUCAGAUAAUGUGCCUCCAGAACAAUAUUUUAAUAAAUCUGGAAGAGCUUAUCCAGAUAUUGCUGCAUUGUCCAAUCAUUUUUGGAUAGUCAACAACCGUAUUCCAGUUCCAGGAGUUGCUGGGACAUCAGCGGCAACACCAACAGUUGCUGGAAUAAUAAGUAUGCUAAACGAAAGAAGAUUACAGAAUAAUAAACCUCCAAUGGGUUUUAUCAAUCCAUUUUUGUAUAAAAAUCCCCAAGCUUUCUUUGAUAUAUUAGGAGGUUGCAAUGAAGGUUGCUUAAACACUAAUGACAAAGGAUUUUGUGCUGAGGCGGGUUUUGAUCCUGUCACUGGGAAUGGAACACCUAAUUAUCCUGAACUUCUUAAAGCUGCUAUGAAUGCUGUUAAUUAAUAUUAAAUAUUUUUUUGUGUUAUUAUUUCUGAGAUUUUUUAAGUUUUGGGCCUGUUGUUGUUGUUGAGUAAUACUUUAUUAAAAUCAAUAGUUUAUUUUUGACUAUUUCUUCUCUUCGUUUAUUAGUCUACUUUUUUAUAGUGUUCCAUCUUUUUUAUAGAACAAAAUUUCCACUUUACUUUUGAGAAAGUAUUAAUAAAUAUUGAAUUAUCUUUUAAAA